AGUCUUCGGAGUUAAGCAAAGUGAAAAAAAUGGGAAUAUGGGACUACAUUAAUUCCGGCAAAGGAAGUGUGAAACAGUACACUUCUGAUCUAGUAACUCCGGUGAAGAAUGUAUGCCAAACUUCCUAUGAUUACAGCACAACCGCCGUUAAAAAGAUCGACGACGUCGUUAGAGUUAACAUGCCCGAUGAAGAAGAACGGAUUAAAAUCGUCAAAUUCAGUAAAUAUUUCGUUAAAAAAGCUUCUGUUUAUGUCGUUCAAGAAGCAGCCAACGACAUUCCUGGUGGAAGGGCAGUCUCCAAAAUUUACUCUGAAACAGUCCGUGAAAUGGAAAUUGAGUUUAAAAAGAAUCAAGACAUGUCGUGCGACAAGGAAAUAAUUGGCAAUUCAUGUAAGGAUACCAAUGUUACUGGUCCUCCGGGAUUGCUCGAUGGGGCAGAGAUACUGGAAAGCAAAGAGCUUAAGGUGGGUUCUGAAAACAGAGCUCAAGUUGAUUCAUUCGCACAUCAAACACCUGAAGACGUCCUAAGAGUCUUCAUGAUGAAGGAAUUUAUGGGCGCUCGUUUUCUCGACAAUUUGCUGGUUCCUGAUCAUCGACAACAGAACAAAGUGUAAUUGAUUCUAGUAUGUAUCAGGGCAUCUCAUGUAUGUUUGUCUUACUGGAUUGUUGGUAGUGUAUGUUUGUAAGUAGAUCUUAUUUACCUCUUUGUCUUGUUUCUUUUGAAAUUCACAUGAUGGGAAGCAAACUUUAGUUAUUGUCUAUACGACAGCAAUCUGAACUCCAGUAUUGAAAUGCUUGUAAUUGUUUGAUCUAAGUUAUCUCUUUUGUUUGUUUCCUUUGAAGUUACCUCUUUAUUUUGUUUCCUUUUGAAGUUACCUCUUUAUUGUGUUUCCUUUGAACUUCAUAGAUGCCUCUGCGAUAGUGUUGCAAUUUGAAUUAUAGUAUCAUGAGUUGAAUAUGCUUGUAAUUUGAUGUAGGUUACCUCUUUGUAUUGCUUCCUUUUGGAAAUUUGCAUAAUCGGAAACAAACUUUAUAGACAGAAGCAUUGCCAUUGUUGUUUUGUAUCAAUGGCGAAGUAUAGGGGAAGAAGCUGUAGAGACUGUAAUCUUAUCCUUUGUAUAAAGAAGGAAGAAGAAGCUGUUGAUUUGCACUUUUGUCCCCUAUUUUGUGCUGGUCUUUAAUUUUUGCCCUUCAUAACAAACAACUUUUUCGCGGGGCAUAUGUUUAUAUUUUUGCAUUGUAAUAUCCCACAAGUUAUGCCUUGCGCCCUUAAAUUAUGCCCUGCUAGGUAUAAGUUUGAUUUUGAAGGGCAAAAAUUAAAGACCAGUCCAUUUGAAUGGCAAACUGUGCAAUUUCUUGUUAGCUGAUUACGCUUUGGGCCUCCUGUCAUGAAUGUGAACUUGUAAAAAUUGGACGGGGCCAAAGUUAGUUUGGGCCUAGGUGUAACUUAUCCAAUUUACUGGGUAAUUCCCAUCAUGGUUCCCAAAUCUUCCUCAUUAUUUUCUUCCUGUUUUUGGAGAUUAAAAAACUUAAAAUCAAAAAGAUGGAGUCGAAAGAAUCAAGAAGAGAAGACUUAUCAUCAGCAAAAGCCGUUCUUGUUGGAGCUUUGGCUCCAGGAGUCAAUUUAUGUUGGGCUUGGCUUUUUCCUCAAGUGACUUCUCUUUGACUCUCCAAGUUGCAUUCCUCCUUUUAAUAACUGGAACCCUCUUUGUACUUCUUAGCAGAUAAGAGGAUGGUUUUCUUAGGAGCCAUAAGCUAACCAAGUUGAUGUAUGCCUGAUGAAAAGUGGUUCCUUUUGCUUUCUUCUUUGAAGAAAAAGCUCCAUUUCCAUCUAACAAAAAAGGAAAAGAUAAAAGGCAUAAGUUUAUAUUUUCGCAUCAUAAUACCCCACAAGUUAUGCCCCGCGCCCUUAAAGAAUUUACGUCCCGUGUGGCAUAAGUUCGACUCUGAUGGGCAAACCGUGCAGUUUCUUCUAGUCACGUACAUGGUUACUUUCCUCAUACAUUGGGCCUCCAAUUUGAGCUAUAUCAGUAAAUCUUUCUAUGAAAGCCUCUUUUAGGACUGCUGUUUAAAAUAUAAUCAGUAUCUGCAAUGUAUUUAAAUUUAGUCACUUCUUUGUUGCGCUUCUGUUGCUGCUUCUUCUUUUCUUCCUUCUCCUCCUCCUCCUCCUCCUCCUCUUCUGGUACCUGUUGCUGGUGAUGGGAGGUGGCAGGUAUCCCGUGAAAUUGAUCGAGGUGCGCGCAAGCUGAUCCGGACACCACGGUUAU